CAGUAGUAACUCAACAUGGCGUUAGGGCCAGACUGGGUUUCUCAGUCCUGGUGCUUCUUAUGGAUGUUUACUCUAUUAUUAAGUGAAUCUCAGACGAAAAAGACACAAACAUAUUAUAUGCAUGGAAUAGACUGCGGAAAUAAGAAAUAUAUAGGAGGUGCCACUGUGUUAUCCCAUCGAGAGGAAAACUCGGAAUAUUACAUGAACAAUAAUGAGUGUAAAAUGACUUUUAAAGCCGAUAAUGAAGGCUGGAGAAUUAUGUUACGUUUUCUAGAACUAGAUAUUCCUGAUAUAGACCAAAAUACUGGAAUAUGUAAUGAUGCCUUGUACAUGUAUGAUUCUGAAGACAUCUUUACAGGAGCAAUGUUAGAAGCAGGAGGAAAUUUUGGAUUAUGUGGUAUCCAGCCUCCACCAAAUCUGCUGGUCUCCACAGGGCCUUUUAUGACGGUCCAUUUUAGGACCAACAAAAAUGGAGAUUUAAAAAGAAGAGAAAUUGGAAGGGGUUUCAAAUUCAUAGUUACAGCAUUUAGUGAAGAUUUUCAAAAGUAUAAUUCCUGUGGCACACAUUUCCAGUGUGGUAAUAGAUAUUGUAUAGAUGAAGACCUCAAGUGUGACAAAGUGGAUCACUGCGGUGAUAACUCUGAUGAGGCCAUGGAGGGGUUUGCUCAGUGUGGCGUCAAAGAUGAUGGCUCCUUUCUCAACCGCUUCUUAGCCCUCGGAGUAACGGCCUCGGUGACGAUAACUGUCGGAAGUCUCAUCGUUCUAAUCGUCUGCAUUGUCGCCGCCGUCUGCUGCUGUAAAAAAGUAUUUUGUAAACCGCCCCCAGAGGGCACCACUAGUUCGCCACAUAAUGCUGCCCCCAACAAUUUGGCAGCAAAUGGGGUUCCACCCUAUAAUCAAAGUCAAAGCACGUGUAACUCUUCGUACCCUCCUAGUCGGGAAUAUAGCGAAUUUCCACACACGCAUCAGGGUUACUUCCCCAUGCAACCCGUAUACCACCCUACCGCUCAGCAUGGCACAGCGCUGUACACUGCUGCUUAUACUCGUGAUGUUUUAGUAGCUAACACUCACAAUUCAGGAAGUGCUUAUUCCUCUCAAUCUCACUCUCAUUCACAGCCCCCCUCCCACCACCGGUCCUACACCCCGACAAGCUCCCGCUCGGGAAAGUCCACGCGAUCUAAUAAUAGCACCAGUGUCACCUACUCCCAAGGCACGGACAAGAUUGCACUGCCCAUAGCUAACCUAUAGCAGAGGAAGAACAAUGGAAAAAGGAAUUGUGGGAUAUGUUGUGAGUGCAUUGUGGGGAAAAAAAUGGCAGAAGAUGGAAAAAUGACUUAUUGCAGUGCUAUAUGUACACUUGAACUUGCAGGGCAUUUGCUUUUGCAGAUGCUAAGAAUGGUUGAAACCGAUGUGUAAAUGCCUAAGUUUUGUGCAGCAAUUUGAUUGUGUUUUAUUGCUGUGAUAUAAAUGAGCUGUUAUGUGGUUAGGAGAAUGUGAAAUUGUGAUGUGGAUGCCACGUGACCUAUAGCUACUAAAUUUUAAGGAUUUAGCCUUGUAGACUUGUAAAAUGACAGAAAUAUUAUGAUCUCAGGAGAUAUUUGUAUAGCACAUACAAUGAUUAUGUAAUUUUUUUUUUUAAAACUUGAAUUUGUAGUGUGUUCAGUUAAAGUGUCAUAAUUGUCCCUUAUAAAACCACAUGUUUAUUUCAACAUUUUAAAAUGAAAUUAUGC